GCUGGUGCAGGACCUUAUCCGGUAUUAGAUCUGUCGCCCCGUCACCAUGUAGGUACGCGCAUCCUCAUCAAGCCAACCCAACCAGAUCUUUAGUGGCGUCCGUCAGAAGACCUUGUUUGCUUCACGGGCGUUACGGACAGAUUUUAUGGCGACUAUUGGGUGACGAAGUCCGGAUAAUGUCAGUAGUAGAAUAUGCGCAAACGGUUUCAAGUUUGAAGAGGUUGAAGGUCUAAUAAAUAGAGCUCUAAGAUGAAAUAGUACCUAUUUAAUAUUGCUGCAUACCUGGAUUCUUACUUAAGCUGCAGGAUACUAACCUAAUUCAUCAAGAUAUGCAGAGUAUGCAGAGAGUUAUGCGUUACUAAUGAACAACUUAUACAAUAUAUGCUAUAUGCUUGUAAAUUCCUUCAGCUGACGCUUUAUUAGGCACUUAUCCCUUUGCUGACACGUCCAUAUUAAUCUUGAAAGCGUCGCCACGUUCAACACCACAAAAGUAACGAGGCUUACAUUUCUCUUACAUUCCUUUUCCCUUCCUUCUGCAUUCAUUUUGCAUUCCUUACCUACCUCUCUCAAUCUAGCCCUUCUCCAAUAUACCAGCCAAAGAUUUACGAUCUGAGGAGUUACUUAGGUAGAAUUUAAACAUCAAGAUUUGGUUACGGAAUGAAGCUUACCUCCUACCUACCCAACCUCAGGCAACACGGAAGCAAAUAUGCCACGUCCUCUGAGGUCGAGUUGUGAUCGUUGCCAUUCGCAGAAGCUCAAAUGCCCAAAACAGCCUGGCAUCGCGACCUGCACAAGAUGUCUUAAAGCUGGAGCCGCCUGUGUCUUCAGCCCAGCGGGGCUUACCACGCGACGCGCGUUGCCGCCCUCUGGCCUUGCCUACUCGAACUGCGACUUGGACAUGAUGAAUAUGCAGUUUGAUUGGCCCCCUUUUGAUAUGGAUUUUGAUAAUGCCUUGGUCACUCCCCCGGACCUCUCCCAAGGAUCCUCAUCCGAUCGACAAGGCGAACAAACAGAGCUACCACCGCAAGACACAAGAUCGACUAGUGUCCGUUUUCUAACCUCUCUGGCCGUCGAAAUCGACCAGCUUUCCAUAACUUUGUCAAAUGUAUCCCACGUCCACGUGCCCAAGAAUCGUCCAGCUCAGGAAUAUCAUGAUAAGUUUAUCGAAAAUAGCGCCCGCUCCGUCUGUAUUGAGCAGCUCUUCACUGUAACCCAGAGCCUUGCGGAUAACUAUCCACAGGUCCUAAGUGUCCUUUUCGAUCGGCCCGACUCCCCUGAUUGCCAGGAUCCCGAUUGUUUUCACAGGUCUGAGUUGCCUCCUGAUCUACAAGUAUUCUUUCCGGCCUCAGGUGAUAACCAGUAUGAGAUUGAUACCUUUCUCUUCAACCUUCUGGUGUCUUGCCAUGGAAAAGCCGUAAACGCCAUUGGUACCAUUAUCAGUUGCGCUAGGACAUGCACUCAGGUAGCUCUAUCGUCUUCCGACUUUGUCGAACCACACGUGCAUAUACCAGAAGUUCGAGUUGGGAAUUUCGUUGCAACUAAUACGACAGCAUCGGCAAUGCAUAUCGUCCUCUUAAUUCACGUUACAUCCGUUCUUGUUGAUAACGCCCAACAACUUACCAAACUAGUCACUGCUGCCCUUGAAGGCAGAAAGGACAGCAAACAGGCCCAAAUGCUAAAACUCCAGUGCGAAGUAUUGGAAGAAAACUCAAUAUCUAAGAUGAAAUUACUGCAACAAGCUAAGGGUCUAUUCACCGGCAUGAAUUUGAGGAACUUCGAGCGAGGAACGGCCUCUUCAACAAGAUGAAAGCGUUCUUCCGUACGUUUUUAGAUGCCAAUCAGUUUCACGAGUCUUCAUAGAACGUCCACCAAAUAGGUAACCCUUCCAGCCUUUGGACCAGCCUU